AUUGACUAAGAACUUAUAAACAAGACUGAUUAUUGGUUUAUUAACACAUUUCUGGCAUGUUUCGUAGAAAGAAGGGGACAUUGACCAAUGACCAGAUUAAACAGCUCGAAGCGCGGACAGUUUUUAAUAGUGGAGAAAUAAAAAAGAUCCAACAAAAGUAUUCUAAUUAUGCUGAACAAGGUGGCAAUGGUAUUAGUUAUAUGCGAUUGGAAUCCCUACAACAAAUACCAGAGUUGGUUGGGUAUACACUGAUUCCCAGAGUGGCUUCAACAAUAGCUGAUAAACAGAGUGGAUUGCUGACAGCAGAGUCUUUUGUCGAAUUACUGUCAAAUAUGAGUCCCAGGAAAAAUGUGGAUCAAAAACGAAAAUUUUUAUUUGCUGUUUUUGAUAUGUACAAUGAGGGCAGUAUAAAGCAUGAUGAGUUAUUCAGAAUGUACAAGACUAUGUUUAAUCCAGCCCUUGGUGAUGACCAGAUACUCAAUAUGGUUACAAAGAUAUUAGAUAAUACACAGACACCUGGUGAGUUGUCAUAUGAAGAAUUUACAGAGCUUGUUCCAGAUCAUGAAAUUGCUGAGAAACUAACUGUGGAAUUACAGCUUUGACACUAUUCUAUUCUAUAUUACUAAAUACAUAUGUUACAAACAAUGGCAUAUUAGUCAAAGUAUAGUGUAGAAUGAUAAACUGAAUAUCUAUUAGAAAAAAAAUUGUGUGUAUUAUUUGUACAUAUAUUCAUUACCAGAUUGUUAUAUUAAAUUAAUUAAAAUAGUUUUUUUUU